CAAUAGCAACAACACCUUUUAAAGGCAUAAUCCACCUUUAUCCCUACACAUCUUUGAAUCUUAGAAGAUUCCGCCAUGAAUAUCUGCUCAGCUUCACUCAUUCUUCUUCUUUCUCUCCUAAUCUCACUCUAUAUCCACUACACGCACAAUACAUCAGGCUGGAGGGACCCAUUAUGGUGGUUUUCAUCAUCUUCUUCUUCUACAGGAACUGUUGCUGAUUUGUUGGUCACCAAUGGGACUAUAUACACUAGCGAUUCGUCUCUUCUGUUUGCUGAUUCCAUGGCUGUUCGUGAUGGGACAAUUCUCCGCAUCGGAAAUUAUUCGUUUGUAAAGGAAGUUUGUGGACAUAAAACAAAAGAGUUGAAUCUUGAGGGGAGAGUCGUGGUUCCUGGAUUCAUCGAUUCUCAUGUCCACUUGCUUGUUGGAGGACUCCAGAUGGCGCGAGUGCAAGUGCGAGGCGUGAAGACGAAGGAUGACUUCAUUGGGAAGGUUAAAGAAGCGGUCAAAAACAUGAAAGAAGGAACUUGGUUGUUGGGUGGUGGAUGGAAUAACGAUCUUUGGGGAGGAGAAUUGCCAUCAGCCUCUUGGAUUGACGAUAUUACACCUCAUCACCCCGUAUGGCUUUCAAGGAUGGAUGGUCACAUGGGUUUGGCUAACUCGUUAGCUCUAAGAAUAGCUGGUGUUACGAGUGAUAUGCAAGAUCCAGUUGGUGGAACUAUUAGCAGAAAUGAGGAUGGAGAGCCUACUGGACUGAUGAUUGAUUCUGCAAUGAAGGUGAUCGUUUCCUGCAUUCCAGAAGUUUCUGUAGAAGAAAGAAGACAAGCAUUGGACCGCGCUAGUAGGUAUGCGUUGUCGAGGGGUGUGACUACGGUUGUUGAUGUCGGAAGAUAUUUUCCUGGUGCAUCAGUAGAACAUACAUGGGAAGAUUUUUCAGAUGUUUACAAAUGGGCCGAUUUAUCUGGAAGAAUGAUGAUUAGGGUUUGCCUUUUCUUUCCAAUGCCGACAUGGUCACGUCUCAGUGAUAUAGUUCAAAAAACAGGCCGUAGGGUGAGCCAGUGGAUAUCAAUAGGUGGUGUUAAAGCUUUUGCUGAUGGAUCCUUGGGGUCCAACAGUGCGCUUUUCCAUGAGCCGUAUGCUGAUGAGCCAUGGAAUCUUGGCCUCCAAGUUACAGAUGUAGAAAGCUUGUAUAAUAUGACUCUGCAAUCUGACAAAUCUGGCCUCCAGGUUGCUAUUCAUGCUAUUGGAGAUAAGGCCAAUGAUUUGGUUUUGGAUAUGUACAAAUCAGUUGCUUCCACAAAUGGGAAGAGGGAUCGGAGAUUUCGGAUUGAACAUGCUCAACAUUUGACCGUUGGAACUGCAGCCAAGUUUGGUGAACAAGGAAUCGUUGCUUCAGUGCAACCAGAUCAUUUGUUGGACGAUGCUGACUCAGCAGUUAAAAAAAUUGGGCUAGAGAGGAUGCAGAAAGGAUCUUAUUUAUUUCAAUCACUCCUUGCUGGCAAUGCACUUGUGGCAUUUGGUUCUGAUUGGCCUGUGAGAACACUUUCCAUUGACUACUUUUGUAAUCUUUAUAUUUACCUUUUACUGAUGGUAAAAUUUCAGGUAGCCGACAUUAAUCCGUUAAAUAGUAUAAAGACUGCAAUCACGAGGAUACCUCCGGGUUGGGAUAAAGCUUGGAACUCAGCAGAGUGCAUGAAGCUUACUGAUGCAUUAAACGCGCACACGAUUUCUGCAGCACGUGCAUGCUUUCUUGAUGAUGAUGUAGGCUCGUUAUCUGCUGGAAAGAUAGCCGAUUUUGUCAUACUGACCACUCGUACGUGGGACCACAUGGCACAAGAAACCACUUCAGUUGCAGCAACAUAUGUUGGUGGUGUGCAGGCUUAUCCUUGAGAUUUAUGAGCCGAUAAGAAUUGACGUUAGAUAUACACAGAUGCGAGAAAGAAGAUUAGUAGAUUACCAAGUGAGUGUAUAAUAAGUUGGUAGUUUGAUGUCAUUGUUCAAUGGUGGUUAGUUAAGAGUUCUAUUUACUGUAUGAGUGUAUGAUAUAAUUUUUUUUGUUGAUGUUAUGUUAUGCUUAUAUACAAAGAAUAUAUUUAGAGAUAA